UGCUGGCGCAGCUCGUGGGCUGGGCCGCCCUCGGCCUCUUCGCGGCGGACCAGGCCGCGGGCCUCUGGGUCGCGGCGAAGUCGUCGAAGCCCCGGAGCCCGCGCCACGCGGUGCUCCUCGAGGCGUGCUCGACGCCCAAGGCGCAGAUCGUCGCGCCCGCGCUCGCCCUCGCGGGGCUCCGGUGCGCCUACUUCGCGUUCCCCAUGUUCGAGGCGCGGGACCGCGUCGUCUGCGUCGAGCUCGGCGCGGACGUCCGCGCGCUCGCGGUCUACGACGCCGGCGGCCCGCUCCUGCUCUUCGUGCUGUCCGCGAUCGCGGCGCGCUGGCUCCAGGUCCUGUCGGGCGAGGCCAAGUGCCGGUCGGCGAGCCUGCACGGCGACACGCUGAAGGCGCUCUGCGCCUGGAACGGCGCCUACGCCGUCGCGGCGGCCGCGUCGACGGCCGCGCUCGUCGCGCUCGCUGGCUCGCGCGGCGACGCGCUCCGCGCCGUCGGCCGCGCGAUGCUCGUCUACUUGGCCGCGGCCCACGGGCUCCAGGGGCUCGGCUACGUCGCCAUCGGGCGGAGAUUCCUCGCGCGGCUCGACGUGAGCGCCAAGGGCAGCGAGCGGGUCCGGGCGCUUCGGGACCGCGUCCGCGCGCAGCUCGUCGUCACGGGCGCGGGGUCCCUCGCGAACGCGGCGCUGCUCCUCGCCGUCGUCGCCGAGGCGGCGCCGACGCCGCGGCGCGCCUUCCUCUGCGUCGCGCUCGGCCAGCGGGCCGUCGAGCUCGCGCUCGCGGCGACGGCCGCGUUUCUGGGCCUGAAGGUCGACGCGAGCUCGGGCCUCUCGGGCGCGGCGCGGCGCGCGCGCGCGUCCGUGCGGCGCCGCGUGUCGGCCGUCGCGAAGGCCGUCCGCCGCUCCACGAAGCCGCUCCGGAAGCCGCCCGCGCCGCCGUCGGCCAAGGUCGUCGAGUUCAACGCCAUCUACGCGCGGAGCGCGGGGCGCUUCGCCCGCGAGUCGCCCAUCCCGCGCGCGUCGCCGGACCCCCGCGCGUCCGGCCCGGGCCCGAGCCCGCCGCCCUUCGACCUCAGAAACA